AUGGUCAACAAGAAUUCCAGGCUCCUGCACAACCUCACACUGGGCUACAGCAUCCAUGACAACUAUUUGAACACUUUCCGCACUUCAGAUGCCUUGCUGGACAUUCUCUCCACUGGAGAAGCCAAUGUCCCCAACUACAGCUGUGGGAGGAAGGAGAACCUUCUGGCUCUUAUUGAUGGAGCUUACAGAGGCAUCUCCAUCCAGAUGUCAACAUUAGGAGGCAUCUACAAAGUCCCACAGAUCAAUGAGGAAACAGCUGGAGAGGCUCUGAGUGAUAAAAGUCAAUUCUCCUUUUUCCACCGGAUGCUCCCCAAAGAAGAAUUCCACUACCCAGCAAUUGUCCAACUGCUCCUCCAUUUCAGAUGGACCCCGAUUGGCCUCUUUGCUACAGACACAGAUAAUGGAGAGAAUUUCAUGAGGAUUUUUACUCCUAUGCUUGUCAGGAAUGGAAUUUGUGCUGUUAUAUCACAACGUUUCUCAACACAUGGAUAUACAGCAGCCCUCAGGGAGGCCCUCUCUAAGUGGAGACAAGUCAACGUCUUUGUCCACUUCAUAGAACUUGAUUCCAUUUGGGGCAGAAUUCUUCCUUUCCAUUUAACAUUUAUGCGUUUGCCAGGACCCGUUGAAGGGAAAGUCUGGAUCCUCACAAAUUUUGAAGGCUAUAGACUAAAGAAGCACAGAUUUCUCAAAUACAUCCAUAGUAUUUGGAACUUUACUUAUCUGGCAAAAGAAAGGCCAAUGGAUGAUGCCUUUGAACCCCAUUUCUUUGUGGAACAAAAGUCUCAAGUUCAUUAUUUUCUCUGUUCUCUUUCAAAGAACAUCUUUUCUGUCAAAGGCCGCAGAAGAUGCUCCCAGAAAGCCCCACUGGAGACCCAGGAGAAAAGGAACAGGAUCAGAUGCUAAAUCACUACGAGCAUUACAGUCUCAUGAAGACUCUGGCCCAGACCUUGAAUGCUGCCAUAACCACCAGACGCUAAAAAAAAAGAUGCUACAAAGGAAUUUCCUUUUUGGGGUCUUCAAACAGCUCCCAUCAUUGCAUGGAGCUCAAAG